AUGUCUUCGGUAAUGUUUCUUUAUACUAUCUUAGUUGACGACUCUUUAAUAUCUCAUUCAAUUCGCAAGAUACAGCAAGAUUUUGCAGAACCAUUUUUAACAGCCUGUAUCUCUGUUCUCGCGACAGCAGCUACCAAAUCGACGCUGCUCUCGCGACAGCAGCUACCAAAUGGGCGCUGCUCUCGAGACAGCAGCCACCAAAUCGACGCUGUUCUCGCGACAGCAGCUACCAAAUGGGCGCUGCUCUCACGACAGCAGCCACCAAAUCGACGCUGUUCUCGCGACAGCAGCCACCAAAUCGACGCUGCUCUCACGACAGCAGCUACCAAAUAACCACUGCUCUCACGACAGCAGAUACCUAAUAAGCACUGCUCUCGCGACAGCAGCCACCAAAUCGACGCUGUUCUCGCGACAGCAGCUACCAAAUCGACGCUGCUCUCACGACAGCAGCCACCAAAUCGACGCUGUUCUCGCGACAGCAGCUACCAAAUCGACGCUGCUCUCGCGACAGCAGCCACCAAAUCGACGCUGUUCUCGCGACAGCAGCUACCAAAUCGACGCUGCUCUCGCGACAGCAGCUACCAAAUCGACGCUGCUCUCGCGACAGCAGCUACCAAAUCGACGCUGCUCUCGCGACAGCAGCCACCAAAUCGACGCUGUUCUCGCGACAGCAGCUACCAAAUGGGCGCUGCUCUCACGACAGCAGCCACCAAAUCGACGCUGCUCUCGCGACAGCAGCUACCAAAUCGACGCUGCUCUCGCGACAGCAGCUACCAAAUCGACGCUGCUCUCACGACAGCAGCUACCAAAUCGACGCUGCUCUCACGACAGCAGCUACCAAAUCGACGCUGCUCUCACGACAGCAGCCACCAAAUCGACGCUGUUCUCGCGACAGCAGCUAUCAAAUAACCACCACUGCUCUCGCGACAGCAGCUACCAAAUCGACGCUGCUCUCGCGACAGCAGCUACCAAAUCGACGCUGCUCUCGCGACAGCAGCUACCAAAUCGACGCUGCUCUCGCGACAGCAGCCACCAAAUCGACGCUGUUCUCGCGACAGCAGCUACCAAAUCGACGCUGUUCUCGCGACAGCAGCUACCAAAUAAGCACUGCUCUCGCGACAGCAGCCAUACAAUCGACGCUGCUCUCGCGACAGCAGCUACCAAAUCGACGCUGCUCUCACGACAGCAGCUACCAAAUCGACGCUGCUCUCACGACAGCAGCUACCAAAUCGGCGCUGCUCUCGCGACAGCAGCCACCAAAUCGACGCUGCUCUCGCGACAGCAGCUACCAAAUCGACGCUGCUCUCACGACAGCAGCCACCAAAUCGACGCUGUUCUCGCGACAGCAGCCACCAAAUCGACGCUGUUCUCGCGACAGCAGCUACCAAAUAACCACCACUGCUCUCGCGACAGCAGCCACCAAAUCGACGCUGCUCUCACGACAGCAGCUACCAAAUCGACGCUGCUCUCACGACAGCAGCUACCAAAUCGACGCUGCUCUCGCGACAGCAGCUACCAAAUCGACGCUGCUCUCGCGACAGCAGCCACCAAAUCGACGCUGUUCUCGCGACAGCAGCUACCAAAUCGACGCUGCUCUCACGACAGCAGCCACCAAAUCGACGCUGCUCUCGCGACAGCAGCUAACAAAUCGACGCUGCUCUCGCGACAACAGCUACCAAAUAAGCACUGCUCUCGCGACAGCAGCUACCAAAUCGACGCUGCUCUCACGACAGCAGCUACCAAAUAACCACUGCUCUCACGACAGCAGCUACCAAAUCGACGCUGCUCUCACGACAGCAGCCACCAAAUCGACGCUGCUCUCGCGACAGCAGCUACCAAAUCGACGCUGCUCUCGCGACAACAGCUACCAAAUAAGCACUGCUCUCGCGACAGCAGCUACCAAAUCGACGCUGCUCUCGCGACAGCAGCUACCAAAUCGACGCUGCUCUCGCGACAGCAGCUACCAAAUCGACGCUGCUCUCGCGACAGCAGCUACCAAAUCGACGCUGCUCUCGCGACAGCAGCUACCAAAUCGACGCUGCUCUCGCGACAGCAGCUACCAAAUCGACGCUGCUCUCGCGACAGCAGCUACCAAAUCGACGCUGCUCUCGCGACAGCAGCUACCAAAUCGACGCUGCUCUCACGACAGCAGCCACCAAAUAACCAGCACUGCUCUCGCGACAGCAGCCACCAAAUAACCACCACUGCUCUCGCGACAGCAGCCACCAAAUCGACGCUGCUCUCACGACAGCAGCUACCAAAUCGACGCUGCUCUCACGACAGCAGCUACCAAAUCGACGCUGCUCUCGCGACAGCAGCCACCAAAUCGACGCUGUUCUCGCGACAGCAGCUACCAAUAACCACCACUGCUCUUGCGACAGCAGCCACCAAAUCGACGCUGUUCUCGCGACAGCAGCUACCAAAUCGACGCUGCUUUCGCGACAGCAGCUACCAAAUAAGCACUGCUCUCACGACAGCAGCUACCAAAUCGACUGAGAACAGCGUCGAUUUGGUAGCUGCUAUCGUGAGAGCAGCGCCCAUUUGGUAGCUGCUGUCGUGAGAGCAGCGCCCAUUUGGUAGCUGCUGUCGUGAGAGCACCGCCCAUUUGGUAGCUGUUGUCGUGAGAGCAGCGCCCAUUUGGUAACUGUUGUCGCGAGAGCAGCGUCGAUUUGGUAGCUGCUGUCGCUGAAUCUUGCUGUAUCUCGCGAAUUGAAUGAGAUAUCAAAAAGUCGUCAACUAAAGAAACAUUACUGAAGACAUUUUCCAUACUAUCUUAGUUUUUUUCUACCCGAAGAAGGAGAGCUAGAAUUGUAAAAUUCGGAUUCUACGUAAUAAUACGCGUGGACAAAAAAAGUUGAACCAAAAUCGGAAUGCGCGUCCAAGAUCUGUACCUGAAUUCAUGGAUUUUGUUCACAAGUAUUGCAUGCUUUUUUAAACUUACAUGCAUGCAAUACUUGCAAAAAGGGGUGACUCAGGUAUUACGGUGUGAAGACCACAGGAUCGAGCUUUCUUUGUAUCAAACUCACUCUAGAAUUGUUUCCUCAACCGUCCGGCCAGAAUCCUUCUUUCUCUCGUCCGCUUCCCUUUGGCUUUGAACCGUUUACACACUUCCGGAGUCGCCACGUCCUUCAGUCAGGUCUGAAAGUUGUCACGAUCAGUGUCUAACCGAGGCAAAUUUCUUUGCACUCGGCGGGGCUCGAACCUGCGGUCUUCGGAUUGCUAAGCACAAGCUUAACCGCCUACACCACCCUGGCCACGCGGCUCAAUCACCCAUGGGGUGUAUAUACACUGCCGGUCAUAAUUAUAGGUUCACUUCAAUUUUUCGAAUAUUUCGAAAACUAGGCGCUGUAUUCAAAAAAGUUCUUAAGGGGAUUUUCGGUCACCCAAGGGACCACAAAUGUACAAACUAAACCAUUCGACUUCAGUGAGAAAUUUUCCAAAAAUCGUGAUUUCUCGAAAAAGUGACUUUAGCGGUUGGUCAUAAUUAUAGGUUCACCACUGAAAUUAGCCAGAGGGUCAACUGAAUAAUUUUUAAUUUUAGCUAUAACGUCUUCUAAGACUGAUUAUGACCGUUUUACAUCGAUUUCCGACAAGCUUCUCGGUUCCCUGAUUUUUUGAACCUUUCAUUGAGUUUUGGGUCAAUCAUAACUUUUCGUCUUAAAAUCGAACCUAACUUCGGUUUUUUGGCCGGACGACAACAGGAUCAUUCUGGAAUGAGUAUUUAGUGAGGUUUUGUGAAGUUUCAUUGAGAAUCUACGAGAAUUUGAUAUCUUUUUCUAAUGUUGAAGUGCUUUGGUCGACUAGUCCCAAGUAAGUUUACAUCUGGUUUUUGCUCAAAUUUGGAGCAAUCUCUGAGAGACUUGACGGCAACAUGAAAGACCCAACCAACAAUGCACUUGCCAAGUUUGGUACAAAUCCGAUCAUUCUGACCAAACUUCGGAGACGGUUGUCAGUUUCGAUCCUUCAAAAAAUGCAGAAAAAUUUCAUGCUCUGGAUUUGCUCGGGACUAGGGGGGAAUGAAAGGCCCUAUAAAAAGGUAAAAAAACGCGAAAAAAAGGUUUCAUCUCUGUUUUUGGUGUUUAGCCGAGAUACGAUCAAAAGUAUGAAAAAAACGGUACAUCUUUUUUUAGAAAAGUCGCAUCUCCGUCAAUUUUUUUGAGUAAAACACUCGGUAAAAAAAGGAAAAAUGUAGCUAAUGAGAUGGUCUUUAAGCAUACAAUUGAUUAUCUUUGACGAAACAAAUUCUUAAAAGAGAUAUUCAACAAAAUAUGAAAACGUUUGUACUUAUGUACACUAUUUUGCGAAUACAGUUUGACGGGACUAUCACCAUUAGAUUCAGCGUCCAAAAUAAGGGCCGUAUGCAAAAAUUUUGCCUUGGGAAAUCGCUUUGACGGAAAAAAAGUAAUCGACAAUAUGCUUUGCCCCUGUUUUCUUGUGGUUCUGUCUGUUUGCUAGCCUGUAUCUCCUCAACCGGUAGAGAUACCAAAACGUUGUCAACUGUAAAGUUAAAGGUACAUGUCCAAGCUAUAAAACUUUAGUUGAACGCUUUUUUUAAUCUCUACUCGUUCACAAGUUAUGGCCGUUUCCGAGUGAUCACUCAAAAACUGAUAUUAUCGCAUUUAAGGAGUGGUCCUACAAUUUUGGUCUCAACAUAAAAAAUGCUCAAUAAGAGGCUAGACAUCAAAUGUCGUUCAGCCUGUGUUGAUCCGAUCUCUUUCGAAAUAUUUUAUGACUCAUGCUUGUUUCGAACACCCUUCUCUACUUUACGGUAGGAGAGUCACACUUCGAAAGAGAUCGGAUCAACACAGGCUAAACGACAUUUGAUGUUUAGCCUCUUAUUGAGCACUUUUUAUGUUGAGACCGAAAUUGUAGGACCACUCCUUAAAUGCGAUAAUAUCAGUUUUUGAGUGAUCACUCGGAAACGGCCAUAACUUGUGAACGAGUAGAGAUAUCAAAAAGCGUUCAACUAAAGUUUUAUAGCUUGGACAUGUACCUUUAACUUUACAGUUGACAACGUUUUGGUAUCUCUACCGGUUGAGGAGAUACAGGCUAGCAAACAGACAGAACCACAAGAAAACAGGGGCAAAGCAUAUUGUCGAUAACUUUUUUUCCGUCAAAGCGAUUUCCCGUGAAUUUUUGGAAAAAAACCGGUAAAAAAGCGGAAAAAAUAAAAUGUCCGAGAAGCGCGUAUAUUUUUAUAUAUUUUUCGGCCAUUGGCGCUAGGCCACGGCCACGACUUCAACUGCAUGCCGUUUCGUUCAUUGGCAUUUUUGAGAGGCAGCAUUUCACCAGUGUAUGAGGCAAUAAGAGACAAUUCAAAAAGUCACAAAAACAUUUUACAAAAAAAUCAAAAAAUUUUUGGGUUCCCUGGUCCUUUAAGAUGUCGUUGAAGGCGGCGCUCGUCCACGUCAAGGCUGCUCAAGCAAAGGUCGUCAUAGGACAUCGCGCCGAGAAUGAGCAGAUCCAGAAUGCGUACCACUACAAGAAAAAGAAGCUCCGUGGAUACUAA